GAGCCUCGGGGUUGCCGUCCCAGGAAAGCGCCGCGUUUCCCGCUCCGGCCCCUCACAUCUGCGGGCGAGGGAGCCGGAGGAGGGCUCGCCGGGCCGCGUCGUGAGUCCCAGAUGUCCUCCUCGCUCCUGGAGGAACCGGUGCCCCUCCAGCCCGCGGCCACCCCAGGGCGCAGGGGGGCUCAAGGCGGCCCCUCUGAGCAGUGACGAAGAGAUCCUUUACAUCCUUACGGCGGUCCAGAGGACCCCGAAGCUACUGGUCGGCCGGGGCUGGCCGAGGACUGUUUGAGGAGGUCACCCUGGAGACGGGCCGCGGAGUCCAGCGGCGGGGUGCGAGCAGACGGAGGCCUGGGAGGCGGGAGCCCCGCCCCCCGCGGUCCCGCAGUGGACGAGCCCGAGGUCUAGGAGGCCCCCGGCCGGCCGAGCCGCAGCCCCUGCCCUGCUGGAGGUUAUGAUGACGUCAGAUACGGCUAGAGACGCAGCGGCUGGCUCGUCGAAGCGAAGGGCGAGCACGUCCUCGCUGAGCAGUCGGGGAUGCCGGCGGCACGAGCUCCACGGGCGCCCCAAAGGCUCGAUGAGCACCGUGUCUUAUGUGGAUGAACCUGGCCAGCAGGACGAUGUCUCUCGCCUCACAGUUCAGCUGGAAAACACCUAUCAGCUGGGUCCUACCAAACCUUUUCCUGUGGUUGUUGUCAACCAUAUUUUGAAAGAUGUGUUAAGCAACUACCUGCAGGAAGAACGGUAUGAUCCAGAGGUCUGUAGGCAGAUGGCAAAGACGGUCUCUGAGGUUAUUAAAGGCCGGGUCAAGGACUUGCUGAUUCCGCGGUAUAAGCUGAUGGUGGUUGUUCACAUUGGGCAGCUGACGAGUCAGAGCAUACUUAUUGGAAGCAGAUGCCUCUGGGAUCCUAAAAGUGAUACCUUUUCAUCUUAUGUUUUCAGAAAUUCUUCUCUCUUUGCUCUUGCAAAUGUCUAUGCGGUUUACUUUGAGUGAUUGAAAAUAAGAAAUGUAGUUCUGGGGCCAGCCCAGCAGUGUAGUGGUGAGUUCACAUGCUCUGCUUUGGUGGCUGAGAUUUGUGGGUUCACGUCCCAGGUGCAGAC